CCAGGGGACAUGACAGUUGUUAAUCGACAAGCAGCAAGACAAGAUUGCAAGCAGCAAACCAGAUUAUUUCUUUGAUUUUACAAAGACAAGUCAACAGUAAGUGAUCACAGCAGCAAUUGCAGAAGAGAGAAAACCAACGAUCAGCAACUAACUUUACAUCCAACAAAUCAGAUAAAUUCUUCAAGUGCUGAAGUUAUUCACUUAGCAAAAUGCAAGCUGUUCGUCAGUGUUUGGUGUGUGCCAGCCGCGGUGCUGGAGGGCUUGUGCGAAAUCAGACGGACAUUUCACUGCUGCAGACCAACAAGUCUUCGUUCAGGAGAGGAGCAGCAUGUAUGCGCUUCCUGAGUUCCGAGAGUGUCAGGAAGCCUGGAGUCCAAAAACUGGGAGAAUGGAGUGACACCGCACACACAAGCAUAGCAUCUUUGAGUGUAGGCCGUGGGCUUUCUGCUUUAACUUUUGCAACGCAAGUGGAAAACCUCUCUCAUGACUCCCUGAUCAAAAGAGCAGCCUCGGUGGUUACAGACAGUUCAAGUACUUUGCUCUCCCAGACCACAUUGGCUCUCAUAGAUGCCCUUACGGACUAUUCAAAGGCUGUGCACACACGCGUUGCUGUUCAAAGACGCUAUUUAGUGUCAUUUGGAAAACUGACCUCAGCAGAGAAGGAUAGAUUCCUGGAGGUGAUCAAUGGCCAGCGUGCAGAGAUUAGUGACAGACUAGAGGAAUGCAGACGUUUUGAAUCAACCUGGAUCAAUGCUGUCAAUUUGUGCAAAAUGGCAGCUGAGGCAGCACGCACUUCAGGAGCCGAGCAAGCGUCCAUCACAGUGAGGACAAACAUUCAAGUGGCCCAGUCACAGGUGGAGGAGGCACGGAAACUGACAGCAGAUGCAGAUAAGAAGUUGGCCGAGACUAAAGUAGAAGAGAUCCAAAGGAUGGCAGAAUACGCUUCCUCUCUGGAAGAUAGCGAGGAGCACGAGGUGCAUGAAGCUUAUCUACGAGAAGACUAAGACAAGUAGACAAACAUAUCAGAAAACAGUAAAAAAAAAAAAAAAUGCUUUCACUUUUCAGCCUAUAAGAUGUUUACAUGUUUGCAAUCAAAAUUUAAAAAGGUAUUGAAAUGAACUGAUAACAUUUUGUAAUUCUUCUUCAUUAUUUAAGGCUAUUUAUUUGAUUAGUAAAUGUAAACCACUUUUUGGAGCUUCUGGAAAAUGAUUACCAAAUCUCCACUAUUGUAUGGCAGUGAGGCAGUGAUCAUAACAUUGUU